AUGCCUAAAGCAGCUACUCUUACCCGUCCCACAUCCCCUGAGUCGGCAAAAAAUACACCAUAUGAAACUUCACAAAAUCAAAAUAAAGCCGAAAAUUCGUUCCGUCUUUCACCAAAUUUCGGAAAAAAUCAACAUUUACCUAUUGAUGAUGAAUUUAAAGAAAGUUUAAGGAAAAUAUUAUUUAAUUUCAAUGCACCUAUAAGAUAUUCUUUUGCAUAUGGUAGUGGUGUAUUUCCACAAAAAGGUUACGAAUUAGAGCCCAAACCGAUGGUGGAUUUUAUUUUUGCCGUUAGUCAUUCUCAACAUUGGCAUUCUUUAAAUUUAAAUAAGCAUAGAAAUCAUUAUUCUUUCAUGGGAACACUUGGUAGCCGAGCUGUAUCAAUUUUGCAAAAUGAUUUUGGAGCCGGCAUUUAUUUUAAUCCACAGGUGAAAAUGAAUGGAAUGGUAUGUGACUUUCGUAAAUAUGUUGGAGAGAAUCCACAUAAAAUAAAAAAUAUAGUUUCAAGACAGGCAGAUACUUUUAAGAUAUUAUAUGGAGCAUUGAUUCAAGGGUUUUCAAAUGUUGCAUUUGUAGGCAACAGCAAACUUCAGCAAGACGAUAAUCCCAAGGCUCGUGCUCAUUUGUUGGAAAAGUUACCAAGAGCAUUGAGAAAUAAAAUCCGAGAACAAUACGGAUUGCAUUUGGUUAGAAAAGGACAAACUUUACCAUCAG